CUCAGCUCUCUCACUCUCUCCUCCUCUUUCUUUUAUAUUCACUCACUCCCAUUAAUUACGCUCGCUGCAAAGCAGCUUCAAUGGGCCGCUAUAUUUCCUCCUCUCGUUUAUUUUCUCUUCCAGUUUCUUCUUCUUCUCUGGCGUUGAGUUCGAAUUGUUCCGCGAGCCAUCAUGGUCGUGUUUCUGGACCUUGAGGAUGAGAAUGAACCGCCAGAACAGGUCAGGAAUCACUGGUUUAUGCAGCAGCAACAUGGCAAUGCGGCUUUGUUGAGAGGGUUGAGUCUGCGGGGGCAGGAUGGGGAGGAUGACGGGAGGGAGAAUCCCAAUAAGACGAAGGCGGUCACCCAGGCCAUGGGAUGCUACCCAAUCAUCGCCUCAAUUGCCUCCCACAUCGACUUGAACACCAUCGAUGCCCUGUCUCUCACAUGCCGCCAAGUCCGCGCGAACCUACUCCAAUUCCGCAACCAACUCAUCAUUUCCACGCUCCACUGCGAGAACGAAGACAUCGAGCCAGACCCAGAACAUACUUUCAGGUAUCGAGCCCGCGCCGCAGACUGGUACUUUGUCGAGGGCGGCAGAGAAGCUUUGGGAACCGGCGCCGGCAAAUUCGGGGACUGCGCUCGUGAUCUAGUCGGACAGUGCAGGAGAUGCAAUCGUGUUGUUUGCAGAAACUGCACAAUCAAACCUCCAGCACCUAUCCUCCUCCGCCACCGCCACCGUCGAAUCUGCACGGCCUGUUCCCGCAAACCCCUCUCCUCACUCGUCCACCCUACUUCCUCGACCCAUGACCCCACACCACUAAGCGCAGAGACCUUAAACCGCGAAAUCUGCACCUGUCCUGACAGCGUCUGGCUCUGCCAACCCUGCGGCCGCAGUCUCCGCAGCUCAGACGUCGAGUACGAAAGCAUCUGGAAAUGGCGAACGCGCUACCUGCCCUCGCUCGGCGGCCUCGGCGUCGGCAUCGGCGAAGGGAAUCGUGGUGUGCCCUGCGGUCGAGGCCGAGAGUGCGUUGCGGCCAAGGAAGUCGAGUCAGAGGUCGAUUGUGACGCGGAAGAUGCUAGGGAUAGCAAUAAUGCCUCUCCGUCGUCGAGUCCGCGGAGUAGUGGCAUUGUGAGGAAUGGGACGCCGAGCCAGAUGGGGCCUGGGUAUGCGAGACAUGAGAUCGAGGGUAUUGGGGGCAGGGUGAAGACGAAGUUGGUGAGGAUGGUGAAGGUGGGUUGUUGUGUGCCGGAGUUUGAGAUUGAGAAGGAUGCGGGGAAGUUUUUGGUUCGGGAGCAGGAGGGGUUGGCGAGGAGUUGGUGUGGGUGGUGUUGGAGGGUUAUUCCGUGCGUUAAGGAUGUUGUGGGUGGAGGGUUGAAUUGAGGCGUUGAGAUCAGGCAACAGAAAUUUGCAUGCAUUAUGAGUUUGGAGAUUGGUUGUUGCGGGGUUUGCUAGUAUACAGAUGUCGCCCCCUUUUUGAGUCGCUAAGCGAGCAGUGAAAUAAAUGCCUGUUAAUUCGAUGUUUACCCAAUUUGUGUCAAUGUUGG